UUCUAGAAAGCCCUAAAGCCCAUUUCAAGUGUAGCUUCGCCCCCGCCUCGAAUAGAAGCAAGGAAGCUUUGAACUUGUUUUUGAUUCCUGGUUUCUUAUUGCUCCUCCCACUUUUCUUCAGUGAAACAUAGAAGAUGUCUCUUAGAGUUCUGAAUCCGAACGCAGAAGUCCUCAACAAGUCUGCAGCUCUGCACAUGAACAUCAAUGCUGCCAAGGGCUUGCAAGAUGUUCUCAGGACCAACCUCGGACCCAAGGGCACCAUCAAGAUGCUUGUUGGGGGUGCGGGAGACAUUAAACUCACUAAAGACGGCAACACUCUCUUGAAGGAAAUGCAAAUUCAAAACCCUACCGCAAUCAUGAUAGCAAGAACUGCCGUUGCCCAAGACGAUGCAAGUGGGGAUGGAACAACUUCUACUGUGAUUUUCAUUGGCGAGCUUAUGAAACAGUCCGAGCGUUACAUUGAUGAAGGGAUGCAUCCACGCGUAUUGGUUGAUGGUUUUGAAAUUGCAAAAAGAGCAACUCUCCAAUUUAUUGAGAAAUUUAAGACUCCUGUUGUGAUGGGGGAUGAACCUGAUAAAGAGAUUCUUAAAAUGGUAGCAAGAACAACACUUCGGACAAAGUUGUAUGAGGCAUUGGCAGACCAGUUGACUGAGAUAGUUGUUAAUGCAGUGCUCUGCAUUCGCAAGCCUGAGGAGCCUAUUGAUCUAUUCAUGGUGGAAAUUAUGCACAUGCGCCAUAAGUUUGAUGUUGACACACGUUUGGUUGAGGGUCUUGUCCUAGAUCAUGGCUCUAGACACCCCGAUAUGAAGCGACGUGCAGAGAACUGUUACAUUUUGACUUGCAAUGUAUCAUUGGAGUAUGAGAAGAGUGAAAUAAAUGCAGGAUUUUUCUACUCGAAUGCAGAGCAGAGAGAGGCAAUGGUUGCUGCUGAAAGGCAACAAGUUGAUGAGAGAGUUAAAAAGAUCAUUGAACUAAAAAAUAAAGUUUGCUCGGGCAAUGAUAGCAACUUUAUUGUCAUCAACCAAAAGGGAAUUGAUCCUCCAUCACUGGACCUUCUUGCUAGAGCUGGGAUAGUUGCCCUGCGCAGAGCAAAGAGGAGAAAUAUGGAGCGACUAGUCCUGGCUUGUGGUGGGGAGGCUGUAAACUCUGUUGAUGAUUUAACUCCUGAUUGUCUUGGCUGGGCUGGAUUAGUUUAUGAGCACAUCCUUGGGGAAGAGAAAUAUACAUUUGUAGAGAAUGUAAAGAACCCAUACUCUUGUACAAUCCUAAUUAAAGGACCUAAUGACCAUACAAUUGCUCAAAUUAAGGAUGCUGUUCGUGAUGGUCUGAGAGCAGUUAAGAAUACAAUUGAGGAUGAAGCAGUUAUAUUGGGUGCAGGAGCCUUUGAGGUGGCAACCAGACAGUAUCUAAUCAAUGAAGUUAAAAGAACUGUUCAAGGGCGUGCACAACUUGGUGUUGAGGCAUUUGCUGAUGCCCUUCUUGUGGUUCCCAAGACAUUAGCUGAGAAUUCUGGCCUUGAUACUCAAGAUGUUAUCAUUGCACUUACGGGAGAGCAUGACAAAGGGAACAUUGUGGGAUUGAACCAUCACACAGGAGAGCCUAUUGACCCCCAAAUGGAGGGUAUAUUUGACAAUUACUCUGUCAAGCGCCAAAUCAUUAACUCAGCACCUGUUAUUGCUUCCCAAUUGCUACUGGUGGAUGAAGUAAUUCGUGCUGGUCGAAACAUGCGAAAACCAAAUUAGCUCUUAUAUGAGUUCGUCGCAAACAGUUUUGGCUUGGCAGAUAAAUUUCUUCUUUAAUUAUUUCUGGGCUACUUCAGGACAGGGGUGUCGUGGUUAUAAAAUUUUGCUGGGUUUAAUGGUCGGCUGGUAGUACAGGAUUGUCUUAGGCCUUCCUCUUGAAGAUGAUGUAAAGUGAAUAUGGGCCUGGUGCUAUCUGCUCGUUAAUUAACCUGUUUGUUUCAUACUUCGGAACUUUUUGUGGGAGAUCCUUGGCAAGUUGGUAGUAAAUUGUAAUCUUGUGGUCUUGCACAACUUAUGACUUCCAAGAAUCAUCUGUGGGAUGGAGGCUUUAUAGAAACAGUCGAAGGUUCUCUGUCACAAAACUGUGUGGCAUCAUUAGGUUGCACUGUAAUAUUGUGGUCAAUGGUGUUGUUUGUUUAUAUGUUAAUCGUAUUUGAUUAUAGACAGAAAGCUCUGCUACUGUCUUUUUUCGUCCA